GCACGAAGAAGAAUCACCGGAAGUAGGAGAAGCGGGAGAUUGAAAGACGUAAACUUUUUGUUGUUGUGAACUUUUGCCAAAAUGCUGAACAAGGCGCCUAAACUGAAACAAACAGUUAAAACGAAAAUGAGGAGUAACAUAAAUGUGAGGCCGGCGUCAGAGGCAAUGAUUGAACUCCUGACACUGCUCUUCUUGAGCAGCCUGGCCGAAGAGGCGAAGGCCAAAGCUUUUGAAGAAAAAUCUGCAACGAUCAGAGCUCAACAUGUCAAAGCAGUCUCUAAGAAAUUGCUGAAAAAGGCAAGAGGAUGAAGACCGUGUGGCACCUUCACUUUUAUAAACAUUAUUACUAAUGAAAUUUUUAGCUUUUUUGUGAUUACAUAUUUUGUUCUGUUUUUUUCUGAACUGUACAUCUUUAUGUUUUUAACUCUAUCCCUGUAUCUCUUUUCCUGUCAUAAGUUUUUGUUCUUUAUUAAAUUCAUUGUGAAUCUUA